AUGUUGCCUUCGACUGGUUAUUUUAAAGCUAUCAACUGUCCAUUUUACGAAAGUGGAACGUGCGAUAGACCUUAUUGUCAUUUCAAGCAUUCGAAGCGAGAAGAUGCUGGGAUUACCGCGGAGGCCGCCGAGUCGGUGGAAAACCGUUCCACGGGUCAGGUUCAAGAAUCCAAAGCGUCUACAAUGGUAACAUCUGAUUCAGACGUUUUACAACAAUUAGUAACAGAAGCUGUGAAAAAAGUCCUUGCUAAUCGAGAUGUCGCAGAUGUAGAUAAAUUUUCUUGUCAGAAUGUUGUUUCUCAGGUAGUUGAAGGGCUAAAACCUACACUAACCACCGGAUCACCUGGUACGUUGGAUAACAUUACGACUAAUGCAGCGGAGAGAAGAAUAGAUGCUUCGACGUCGGUUAAUAAGCCACUUCCAUGCGUGUAUAACCCAACACCUAUCGCAGAACUGAAGAAACGUCAUAUUCCGAUAGUAUCUUAUAUGCCAACCAGAGAAAGUAGAGUAGCGGUGAAACCUAAAUGUACUCCGGAUGGAAUUAAACCAUGGUUAAGUAUAGGCAGCGAAUCUACGGAAGCUCAAGCUGCUGAAAUUAAAUACAAACCUACGACCAUAAUUAACUCGGAAACGCGCGAUACUAUGCACAGUUAUGUACCUACGUGUAAGACAGAUCCACCUUUGCCAAAUCCACCGUGUAAGGACAGUGGUGCGAACGAGUAUUUGCUUAAACUCAGGGAAGCGUAUUAUCCAAAGUGUAAAAAGAGAAGGGAGGAGUAUGUUCCAAAGAAAGUAAAGACUCCGUUGAAAACUGUCGACGGAUUAAACGAAUCUGUGUUAGAAACGCAUUUUGAAACAGACUUUAACACGAUAGACGAGGAAGUAGUGAUGCGUACUAGAUCGACAUCUGAUGUACUUGAAUCUAGGAAGGUGUCGAAAGAUUCUUGCACACAUCUGGAACCGAAAUUCUCCGAUGACGAAGAUGAGGAGGACGGUAAUAGUCGCGAUAAUAUUGAAGAUUACGGUCAUGAUGCGAACAAAAUUAAUACCACACAUAUUGACCACCGUACAUUCUCGACGCAAAGUGAGUCUGAUCGUCGGGAUCUGAAGAAAUUGAAUUGCUCCAAGGAUGCACGGAUGGACACGGAUGUAGAAUUUUCAGAAACAGCUUCGUUGACAAACGAUGGAUUUGUUAAGGAGGGAGAGAAUCGCGGUGAGGGAAUGUCGAAAUGUACCGUGAGUAACACUGCGAAGCAUGAAAAAUUCACAGGCGAAGAAGAGAGUUCGAAACGUUUGCGAUACGAGGAGGAGGAAGAGGAGGAGGAGGAGGCGGAAGCGGCGGCGGUGGAGGAGGAGGAUGAGCAAGAGGGGGAUGGGGAGGAAGAGGAAGAGGAAGUGGAAAAAGUAGUGGAAAUAAUAAGAGAUGGGUAUAAGAGUAGGAAUGAAAAUGCAAAAGAAGUGAAAAAUAGGGAGAAAAGUAGAAACAAGGAUCGCAAGGAUCGUCACGGUACUGCGACAUCUCGUAAGAGAUACAAAGACAGGCAUAAUUCGAACGAAAAGUCGCGUUCCGUCUCUCGUAGCAGAAGCAAAAGUAAGAGUCAUUUGAGGCACAGCGGUAAAGAAUCGAGAGAUAAGAAGCACAAUAGAGAUAGGAGCAAAUGCAAAGAGAAGGAGAAACAUGGGGAGAAGGGAAAGGAUAAAGGAAAAAAUGAGAAUAGACAUAAAAGAAAGACGGAUAGGAAGGAUUGUGACGAGUUGGGUAAACGUCACGAAUAUGAUUCGAAGCAUUCCUCGAAGAAGGAAGAACACGUGAAGAAGAAUAGAAGUGACGGAAGCAAUAAACGGUUGAAGACGGAACGUAAAUCUGACGAUAAGCUAAUUGGAAAAUUGCAGGGACAUGCGGCGGCGGAGAAUAGGAAAGAAAGACGUUCAACCGACAGAUCCGGGAGCUCUUUGGAAAGCGUUCGCUUGAAUUUAAGGGAUGACGACGACGACGACGACGACGAAGAAGAAGAGAACGACGAUCGUUAUAGUAAUAUCAUUGAGAACGAUAUCGACGUGGUUUUUAGCACAUCUGACUCGGAUCACGACGUACAAGAAGAAUGUUUAAAGAUAUUUCAGGAAUACCAAGUACCGGAACGAACGAAGACAACGGAAUCGUCGAGCGAGACAUCGUCGUUACGGAUGAAAGAGAAGGAAAAAGAGAUGGAAAGGGAAAAGGAACAGAACGAAGAGACCGGCAGGAAGAGAGUAGCGCAUCCUUCGGCAGCCGCCUCCUCCGUUACCAGGCACAUUGGGGGUGUUAGUCAACAGGCGAGAAAAUUGACAAAUCCACAGCAAAAGAUGUACGAAAGAUGGCGUUUGAUGCGAGACGCUGUUGCGGAAAAGACAAUUUCUGCGAGCAGCGGUGUUUCCAGGGAUGUACGCCGUAAUUGUGUCGAGGGGAUGGGAACAGCGAGCAACAGCGAACUAAAAUUGAACGGAAAUGGUCGUGUCAGAAUCGCUCAUGUGCCGUAUGCUAUGUCUCUAGCGAUAGAGAAAAAAAAAGUGACGGAGAAUGCAGCGGGGAAGUUGGCGGAUACGAAAGCAACGGAUAAUUGUAAAACAGCUGCGCAAACAGCGAAGUGCGGUGUACGGGUCGCUCACGUUCCACAAAUGGUACCUCAGUUGAUACGUCCUGAACCGUUGCAAGUAACCACGCAAAAGUUCCCUUUAAACGUUCGUCAGUAUUAUGUGAAUCUUAAAGAGGAAUACGCUUGCCACGAAAGAUGCAAAGCGUUAACUGUUUAUAAAAAUUCUUGCAUGCUUGCCGCGCAUAGACUCAGAAAGGAAGUUGAUCAGAAUUCAUCAUCGAUGGAGAAUAAUGCGAUGACAGUGGCAGGCAGCAGUAACAACACGGUGUCCCAUGAAGCGGUGCUCACUGGAAAAUCAAAGGGUUCUUGGAGCGUCCUUAAGACAAAGAGGUCGGUCACGGAAUUUAGGGGGCCUGCUCUUUACGGUAUGUUGACAAAAUGGAUAAUGACGGAACAACAACUUCGAGAUAACGGAUUUCCCCGUCCACAUCCGGAUAAUCAGAAGGGUCGUGCUAAAGUUUACGUAAUCAAUUCGCGAAAUCAGAGUGUUUUGUCAAAGGUGCCUAACGAAAGAGUUUGUAGCCGAUGCGGUCAAACUUACAUGAUCGAUAAGCAAGGAUUUGCUUUGCAACCACAGAACUGUAUAUAUCAUUGGGGUAGAAAAUUCACGAUCAGAGGUGAAGGGAAAUACAGUUGCUGUCAGCAAUACGGUUCUGCAACCGGUUGUUGCGACGCGAAAACGCACGUUUGGGAUUAUACCGACUAUGAAAAUCUUCGUGGUUACGUGAAAACAUUGCCGAAAGAUGCGGCAAUCGAAGAACAAGGGGUGUAUGCGCUCGAUUGUGAAAUGAGUUACACGACACAAGGAUUGGAAUUGACCAGGAUAACCGUCAUCGACGAAGAUUGCAACGUGAUGUACGAGACAUUGGUUAAACCGCAAAAUCCUAUAAUAGAUUAUAAUACAAGGUUUUCUGGAAUCACGGAGGAAGGUAUGAAGGAUGUGACGACAACGUUAUUGGACGUUCAAGCGACACUGUUGACAAUGUUUUCGGAUAAAACGAUACUAGUGGGUCACAGUCUCGAAAGUGAUUUCAAAGCUUUGAAACUUCUACACGAUACCGUGGUCGACACGAGCAUAAUGUUUCCGCACAAGAACGGAUAUCCGCAAAAGAGAGCUUUGAAGAACCUUUGUUCCGAAUAUUUGAGAAAGAUCAUUCAGAAUGACGUCGGCGGUCACGAUAGCAAAGAGGAUGCUGUCGCUUGUAUGGAGUUGAUACUUUGGAAAGCGAAAGAGGAAGCGAAAUUACAAUAG